ACGAGGACCAUUUCAACUCUACAUACUUCCAAUAGCAAUGCGAGCAACAUAUUAAAGAGCAGUAUUAGUCACUUGGAGUUUUUAGAGGAAUCUGACUAAUACAUUUAUUUGUUUUAUCGAUUUAAGCGUCGGAAGGAAGCCGUCACCUCCCGAUUGCUUUGCUAUAAAGCCGAGCGCGCGAGUCAGUACGGGCACGGAGACGCGCAACAAAGGCGCGCAGAGAAGGAUACUGAUCACACAGAAAGCAGAGGGAGCACUGAGAAACAAACGAGACUUUUAAACGACGUUUUAGCAUACAUUUUAAAGUGCUUGUAGGAAAAGAAAAGGAAAGUUACUGGGUGAAACAUGAAGUUUCUGUUACCGGCUGCAGUAUUUUUUCUUGUUUUGUGCCAAGUGUUUGGAGAGGAAUUGGGUCCAAAUGAAGACCCUGAUUAUUGGACAGGCAGCAAUCAAAUACAGGAUGAGUGGCUUCAGUCUGAUCCAUUCAGAGAGAUACUUAGACGAAUGACGAGGAAACCCCGACCUCAUCAAUUCAUUGGUCUGAUGGGGAAACGGUCCGCUGCAAAUGCACAGAUUACACGAAAAAGGCAUAAAAUCAAUUCUUUUGUUGGUCUGAUGGGUAAAAGAAGCAAAGAGGAACCAGAGUCCUUUGAAUGGGGAACAGUACAGAUCUAUGACAAAAGGCGUUAACAGCUAAAAUGGGUCACCGUCACAUCUGCUUCCUAAAGAAUCAUUUCAUUCUCAUUCAUUUAAAAAAAAUUUUUUUUUAUUAUAGUCAGAAUUCCAAUAAAAAUUUGAAUUUCACUUUGUGGAGAUACGGCAGAACCGCACCCGUUCCGGUUUAUUAAAACAUAUAUAAAGGAUCAGGCAUUUUAAUUCAGUCCAGCUAUGAUCUAACAUGUUAUUGCCACAACAUCUCUGUGGACCAAUACAGCAAAACUGCGUGCUUUCAAAGGUACGCUGACAAUGUCAUUACAUAGUGCCUCGUAGUGUUUUAACCAUGACAGAUUGUGUUCUACUGACAGUCUAGGUGUGUUCUCAUCCUCAUAGACUGUGCAUGUCCUGUCUCUGCUAUGAGCAAGGGUUUUGGUAUCUUGAUAUG